GCACCUAUUGUUCCUCUAAGUAAACUUACAGACAGAUGCCCUGCACCACAGUGUGGGAGAGAGCCCAGAGAGUCAGGAGGAGGGAGACAGUUGAAGACUGCAGAGAGCCACCGGACAAUAAGGACCUGGGAGCUGAGCCUCAUCUCAUCUCCAGCACCUCAGCAUCCUCUCCAGCCGUUCCCUCCAGCUUCCCGCGCGUGUCUGCUUGUUGUCACUGUCUCGAGUGGAGGUCUGAUGCUGAGACGCCAUGCUGCUGCUGACAUCACUGCUGUUCACGGGGCUGGGUUGCUUGCUGGGGGCCCCGACAGGUAGAGAGGUCUACAGGAUGCCCCAGAGCGCGCUCAAAGCACUGUCUGAUCGUGGUACAGUGGUUCUGGAGGCGGCCAUGACCAGCGCGCUGUCUGCUCUCGAGCGUGCAUCCUCUGAGAGAAGUCGUGUUGAGGCUGGCUGCCGAGGUUGCGUUCCCUGUCUGUUUCAGGACUGCGGGCAACUGUCUGGCUCCUGCUCCUCUCCUGCCAGUGCCUUGUCAGAGCCCAGCUGUGACAUCAUCAGUAAGGCCCAGAAGCUUCAGGAUGAGGCACAGCGGAGUUGGGCUCUGAGUCAGGCCUGUGCCUACUACCAGCGUCGCUGCCCACCUGGUGAAGUGGACAAGGAGAGCUGCAUCAGGAUCAUGGGGGAGAGUUGCAGCGCCCGAGUCCUACAGUGCAGCCUGCUGAACACAAUGCAGAACCUGGAACCUGCUACUCAGACGCAUGCACAGGCGGUGUGCGGUCAGAGGUCGGCCGCGGUGCAGAAUGUCACUCAGCCUCGCUCCAGGAUUGUGGGCGGCUCCCCUGCUCCUCCAGGCAGCUGGCCCUGGCUGGUCAACCUGCAGCUAGAUGGUGGCCUGAUGUGCGGAGGGGUCCUCGUGGACAGCUCCUGGGUGGUUACUGCUGCACAUUGCUUUGCAGGUCGCAGUGAGAGCUACUGGACGGCAGUUGUGGGGGAGUUUGACAUCACCAAGACUGACCCUGGUGAACAAGUUGUCAAAGUGAACCGCAUCAUCCCUCAUCCCAAGUUUAACCCAAAGACAUUUAACAACGAUAUAGCCCUGGUGGAGCUGACAUCACCAGUGGUCCUGUCUGAGCAUGUCACCCCAGUGUGUCUGCCUUCUGGCAUGGAGCCCCCUACUGGCAGCCCGUGUCUGGUGGCAGGCUGGGGCUCCCUCUAUGAGGAUGGACCGUCUGCUGACGUCGUGAUGGAGGCCAAGGUUCCCCUGCUGCCUCAGACCACCUGUAAGAGUGCCCUCGGCAAAGAGCUGGUCACCAACACCAUGCUCUGUGCUGGAUAUCUCUCUGGAGGCAUUGACUCCUGUCAGGGAGACUCUGGAGGUCCCCUGAUCUACCAAGAUCGAAUUUCUGGUCGCUUCCAGCUCUAUGGCAUCACCUCUUGGGGAGACGGCUGUGGAGAGAAAGGCAAGCCUGGAGUCUACACGCGAGUUUUUGCUUUCUCUGACUGGAUUCAGGCCGAGAUACAGAGUGAGUUUAACACCAAACUGAAAUAG